GCGCCCAUCGUGGGGAUGGCGGAGCCGGGCGGGGCGUCGUCGGGGGCGGGCGGAGCCAGCGGGAGCUCCGCGGGGUCCGGAGUGACCGACCCUGCCUCGCUGCCCCCUGGCGACGCGCAGCUCAUUGGGCUGAUCGUGGGGCAGCUCAAGAGCCGCGGCCUUUUCGACGCCUUCCGCAGGGACUGCCUGGCCGACGUCGACACUAAGCCAGCCUACCAGAAUUUGAGACAGAAAGUGGACAACUUUGUGUCUACCCACCUGGAUAAGCAGGAAUGGAACCCGGCAAUGAACAAAAACCAGCUGCGCAAUGGCCUCAGGCAGAGUGUGAUUCAGUCGGGGAUGCUGGAAGCCGGAGUGGACAGAAUUAUUUCUCAGGUGGUGGAUCCAAAACUCAACCACAUCUUCAGGCCGCAGAUAGAGAAGGCGAUUCAUGAUUUCCUGGCUGCGCAGAAGAAAGAGGAAUCGGUGCCAGCUCCUCCCCCUGAGCCUGAGAGUCAGGAUCCACCAGCUCCAUCACAAGAUGCCUCGUAAGGUCUGAGCAUUCCUGGCUUUAAAGUGGCUGCAGUUGCAAAACCCAGGCUGAACCUGAUUGGCAGUGGGCUGCAGGCGUGCAGUUUGUCAGCUAAUAUCGGUCACGAUGGAGGGCGAGUUGGCAAGUCACGAGGGGUUUCUGCGUGGUGUGGAGGGAUAGGGCUAAAUGUGCAAAAUGUGCAGAAGUAGCACCUGUUCUUGCUCAUUGCGACUUUGGGGGUCGGUUGCCUCGUUUGAGCGACCACUAGGGGGAAAAGGGGUUUCUGGGAUGAUAUUAGUGAAAUUGGUGGUGUUUGGGAUGUAGCAAUAGGAAAAAGGGCAUUUGGGGCAUGCUUGGUUUCCUGGCUGGCCACUGUCUCCAUUGGGAAGCCUUCUAGAGGGGGUCUGGACAAGGGAGCCUUCAGCGUACAAGCAUGAAGCUGAUAAUUUACCAGCAAAGGAUCACUGUGCACCAGAUGCUUACUCGAAUUCAGUAAUAACUCACGCACAGUGCCCGAGUCCGACACAAUGGCAAGAACUCUUCAUUGUUGGCUCUCCAGGAGUAUUCAGAGACUGGCCUCUGUCAGAGUUCUGGAAAUGGCAUCUGAUAUACCUCACAGCUCGGCUCCCUUCCAGGCUGGUCGAGGAAGCGGGUGCGGAGCAAGAGGCUUCUUCUGUGGGCCUUGCAAUCGAAAGAAGUUCUCUUGUCUGUGAGAUUCUUCAGGUGCCUGUUAAGAAGCCGCUUAGAGAGUCUCACAAGCUCUCAAGUCGGCAUUUGUGCUCAAGGAUUUGGCUAUCCAGACUUUUUAAAAUAAUAAAGUAUUAGAAAUGCC